UUCAAAGAGUGGAUUCUGGCUGUGAAGCAAGGCCUCCAUCAAAUAUAGAACAGGGCGCAAACAGUCACGGUCACGUCUUCUGAGAGAUUGUGCAAGACCAAUUGGUUUUGAGCAGGACCUGCAUUGUGGAGAGAACUCACAUGACCGCCAAAGGCAUGGCAGGCAUCCAGAUCACUUGGGGUAAGAGUUUAAACGAGAGGUGGCCAGCUGCUGUCCCUUACCAUCCGGACCUUGUUGGGAGAGCCACUGCUGACACUUGUAGUCUAAAGACUGGAUUAUCUCCACAGUCCAGCGACAGGAGGUGGAAUCCCUCUGAUUGAGUUUCCAGCAGUCCCUUCGCUCCGCUUCAGCAAGUAGACGACCGCCAAGGUCAUCAGGAAAUAUGUUUUUUGUGGCAGGGGCCAGAAAUGCUGCAGGAUCAGGAAGAGAAAAUGAGAGGAGGUCGAUUUACCAGAAAUUUCGUGAUGUGGAUUUAUUGGACAAGAAAAAAACAGUGACAGCUCUCAAGGCUGGAGAAGAUCGAGCCCUUCUUCUGGGACUUGGAAUGAUCCUGUGUUCAAUCAUGAUGUACUUUGUGCUGGGAAUCACGGUUAUACGCUCAUAUGCAGACAGUGUGUGGACAGAGGAGGGAACAUGCGUUGUCAUCAACUCCACGAUCACAGGGGACAUGAACUGUUCAUACAGCUGUGGGUCAGACUGCUGGAGAGUGUCCAGAUACCCCUGCCUGCAGGUCUACGUGAGCAUCAACAGCACAGGCCGUAUCAGCCGCCUGUCCCACAACGAAGAGACGCAGGACGCUAGCUCUGAAUGUGUCUACGUGCCCCGGUGUCAAAAGGACAGCGCCGCCAUGCAUGCCGUGAUCGUGAACAUUUCCGAGCACUUGAAGACCAACCAGCACGUCUCCUGCUACUACGACCCUGGCGAGCAGCAGGAGGCCGUGCUCCUCACCAGGCUCUACGACCACAGUGUUGUCCUCCACUCGUUGCUGUGGCCCUCGUGCACGCUCACGCUGGGGGCCCUCAUCAUUGUGAUGGUGAAGCUCACGCAGUACCUCUCCAGGCUUUGCGAAGAGAUAGGGAGGAUCAAGAGGUGAAUUACGCGCAUCAGCUCUGGAAGCCAGACACAAAAAGGUUUGGGUGAUUGACAUUAGACGCGAGAGGCAUUUUUAAAUCUGGUGAACUUGCCUUGACCUUUAGCAGACUUUCCUCCCUGGCUGAAGCUCUGAAAACUUCCACUGAGCAGUGAGGAUGUAUUUGUUUAUAAAAGUGGACUGGAUGUUCCUGGCUGGAAGCUGACAGUCAUGGAACUGGCUGUUCCUGUGAAAACAGACUUUUUUUUUUUUUUCCUGCGCGGUUUUAAAAUGCAGCAAAGCAUCUGAGAGUACACGUGUCUUUUUUUUUUUUAUCAUGAUCAGAAUGUGCUUCUUUGUCAAAUCCAUCCUAUAAGCUGUUGUUUUGCAUUUUUAACCCAAGAAUUAUGUGAGUUUUCAGAGAGAGGUUUGGAGUGACCAGAGUUUUCUCCAUGUGUCCGGACCAUAAUACUGUCCCACCCCCACCUGUUUCCCUUUAUUCAUGUUUAUGUGAUCAGAUGCGACUGAUCUGUGUUACAAGGAACCUUUUUCCAGUACAGAGGCCUUCCAGCCCCAAUCCCUGGUUGGGCUUCCUGUUAAAAAGAACAACAAGAUUGGCAAGCACUGAGCACCGGCCAUAGAAGCAUUUACACAGGGUGUCAAUAGCUGGAGGGGGUGCUGCUGAAGGAAUUCCAAAAAUAAAUUAAAUAGAAUGAAAUCGAUGAUAGUAAUGAUGUACAAUCCUUACCGGCACCCUUUGUUUAUGCCCUGCAUUGAAAAUAAAAAUUCGGAGAAGCUGAACACAAGCCCUGUGGCUCUGA